AUGUCUCAAUUUGGUGGCGAAAUAAUAAAAAUAGUGAAUGAACUUCAAGACAAACUCAACCCAUUGGGUGAGAACUUAAUCAUAGAUUUGCCACAAAUCGCAGUCAUCGGCGGUCAGUCAUCGGGAAAGUCGAGUGUAUUGGAGAGUAUAGUCGGCAAAGACUUUUUACCCCGAGGUUCAGAUGAAAUCACUGCAGAAACUGAUAGAGAAGUUCCCGAAAGUAAAGGGAUUUCUGCGAAACCAAUAAAUCUGAAGAUCUAUUCACCGGAUGUAUUGGACCUAACAUUAGUUGAUUUGCCGGGAAUGACACGAAUGGCUGUCGGGAACCAACCCAAAGACAUCGAUCAGUUGAUUGAGAAUAUGCUAUUAAAUUACAUUGAAAAUGAUAAUUGUCUUAUACUAGCGGUCACUGCUGCCAAUCAAGAUUUAGCCACAUCUGACGCACUCAAGUUGGCUAAAGAUGUAGAUCCAUCGGGUGAGCGCACUAUCGGUGUGUUAACCAAAUUAGAUCUCAUGGAUGAGGGAACCGAUGCCAGAGAUAUACUGAAUGGGAGGCAUGAAAUCCAUUUACGAAGAAAUUUCAUUGGCGUUAAACUCCGGUCGCAAAAGGAUAUCCUCACCAAUAAAAGUAUAGGCGAAGCACUGCAUGACGAGCACCAGUUCUUCAUUGGACACCCGGCUUAUGGACCGGAAAUGGCUGACAAAAUGGGAAUUAGGUAUCUUCAGGAGUAUUUACAGACAGAGCUAUCAAAUCAUAUCUUCAAACGAUUGCCGCCAUUGAAGCCUAAACUGGAAGCAAAACUGAAUGAAAUCAACGAAAGGCUACGUAUUAUUCAGGAGAUGUCCGAAGUGUCGGACAACGCGAUGGUUAUAUCGGAGGCCAUGGAGCUAUUGAAACGGGGGUUCGACAGCGAAGUGGGCGGUAAGUCGUGGAAAGUGAGCACAACUCGCCGUAAUGGCGGCACCAAAAUCAGGGCCAUUAUUAACGAUAAAUACGCGGCGGAAGUGAAUAAAAUAUUCUUCGACGACAACAGUAUCACCGAUCAGAUAGAUAUAGCCAUUGAUAACGCGUUUGGCACCCAUUCCGGGAUGUUUACCCCGGACACCGCCGUAGUGUCUGUAGUUGACAACCAAAUUGAAUUAUUCCGCAAUAUAUCACUCACUUGCGUGGAUUGGGUUACGGAUGAGAUCAUCAAUAUUGUCAUCAAUUGUAUCGAGACCAUUAAGGGCACACCUAAAUUAAAAACCCCUAAUAGUAGAUUAAACAGAGAAUUAUCGGAACCGUCAUCGCCUAUAAGUCCUCAACAAACCCAAACACCGCAGACAGUGAUGUCGGCUAUUCUAAACCAAAACAUGCCCAGGGCACAUUGGAUAUCAUAUAAUAACAUAAAGUACUGGUUUGUGUUGAGUGGGGGCACUCUCUCCUGGUUUAAACACGAGAAGAAAAAGAGUAGUGAGGGCUCGGCUGUGCUGAACGGCGCCUACAUUAGCACUGAAGAGGAGAUACUAUUGGUUUUGAUUUAUUUGGACAAGAAAUCCAAGCGACAAGUAUUAGAGUUGGUGUUUGACUCGCGCGAUGAAACUGAACAGUGGAGGGAUUGGCUGAUAGAGGCCGGGGUUAGGUAUAACCCGAACCGACCCAUCCCUCCACCGACUGCUCCGAUAAGUCCCUCGUAUUCAAUGGCUACUCUUAAUACUGUGGACGUGUCGUACCCGUCGAAUAAGGAUCAGCAGAUCGAGACGAUCAAGAAGUUGGUCGACGCCUACAUGAUUAUCCUCGAGAAGAACUUCAAGGAUACGAUGCCUAAGUUGUGUCAGUCGCAGCUCAUUGAUUCGACCUCCGACUUCAUUGCCUUCCGGUUGAGAGCGACUAUCGAUAAGAACUUCAACACAACCGAUGAUAUCGUGGGCGACAACGGCCACAGACAAGCGGUUUUUGAUCUGCAGAAGAGACACAAACUCUAUACGGAAGCCAUUGUUGUGAUCAACAAGUUCUCCACAAUUAAGUUCACGUCCGCUCUUCACAAUCCGCAGUCGUUUGCGUGA